AUGGGUAGAGUAUCCGACGUCGCUACCUCCGCCUACAAGUCCGUGAGGGGCCUCCUCACGGGCGAGGCAUAUAAAUACAGCUCGAUCCCUGACGACGAGGGGAGAGAGGUCCCUGAGACGGACGAACAGCCCGACACUAACUGGUCCGACCAGACACGCCGACUUCUCAUUCUCAUAAUAAGCGCCAUGGUUUUCGCAGCCGUACUUUCAUUAGCCCUUGGCUUCAGUCUUGUCAGCGGCCAGGCGCCGGGUGACAACACUGAAUCCAUCUCUCAGUUCUGGGGACAGUAUUCCCCCUUCUUCUCGGUGCCGUCUGAGAUCAACACCGCAACGCCUGAAGGCUGCGAGAUCACCUUCGCACAGGUUUUAUCCCGACAUGGCGCCCGAGACCCCACCGCCGGCAAGACCAAAGUCUACAAGGACCUUGUCGACCGCAUCCAUACCAGAGUGACAACCUACGGCAGGGGGUUCGAGUUCAUCAAAGACUACCAGUACACCCUCGGCGCCGACGAGCUCACUGAGUUUGGCCAGCGGCAGAUGGUUGACUCGGGAGAGGCCUUCUACAAGCGUUAUCAGCCACUGGCUUCCCAAGCAAACCCCUUUAUUAGAUCCUCGGGCCAAAGCCGGGUCGUUGCGUCGGGUCUCAAUUGGACUGAGGGCUUCUAUGGUGCCAAAAUCAUUGACGGCCAUAACGGACCCGACGGAGGACUCAGCGGACAGAUCAUGGUGAUUCCCGAGGAGAAGGGCAUCAACAACACAUUAGACCACAGCCUGUGCACGGCAUUCGAGCAGGGCAACUUCUCCAAGGUUGGAGACGACGCGCAGGUCGCCUGGCGUCAAGAAUUUACGGCCCCCAUUGUUACGCGGCUCAACGCAAACCUGCCUGGCGUGAACUUCACUCCUGAGGACGCCGUGAGCUUUAUGCAGCUGUGCCCAUUCAACACGGUGGUCAACGGCACCCAAUCGCGGUUCUGCGACCUCUUCACGCUGGACGAGUGGAAGGACCUCGAGUACUACGAGACGCUGGGCAAGUAUUACGGCUUCAACGCGGGCAACCCGCUCGGACCGACGCAGGGUGUCGGCUUCACUAAUGAACUCAUCGCGAGGUUGACGAGGCAGGCGGUGGUGGAUAACACAUCAACAAACUCGACGCUCGACGCCGACCCGGAGUCGUUCCCGCUCGACAGGGUGCUGUAUGCCGACUUCAGCCACGACAACGACAUGAUGAGCAUCUACGGGGCGCUAGGUCUCUACAACGAGACGACGCCGCUGUCCCAGACGGCGCGGACGUCGGUGCAGGAUGCCAGGGGCUUCACGGCCAGCUGGACAGUGCCUUUUGCAGCACGCAUGUACGUUGAGAAGAUGAAGUGUGGGGGAUCGGACGAGGAAAUGGUUCGGAUUCUCGUCAACGACAGGGUCGUUCCCCUGGUUGGAUGCGGUGCGGACGACCUUGGACGAUGCAAGCUGGGUGCGUUUGUGAACAGCCAAAAGUUCGCAAGGAGCGGCGGACGCUGGGACCAAUGUUUCGUGUGA